AAGCUCGACGGAAAAGUUUGUGCGUAGAAAGGAGUGAGUGAGUGACAUACUUGUCCGAAAUUUCCUUCACCGUGUGUACGCGAGUUACGUUAAUUCGGAAAAGAGAUUCAAAGUAGAAUUGUGCCUGAUGUAAACCAAGUUUAGUAAAAAGGCAUCGCGAGUACCGUCAUUACUGGCGAUCACAACAAUUCUUAUCUUUGAGAUAAACGGCGCUUACACGUUGCCAAUAUUUGAACAUGCAUACAACCAUCACUUAGUGAAACAAAUGAACUAAUAAAUAAAUAAAUCUUGAAAAAACAAACCAAUCGUCAUGGAUAAUGUGAUACGUCGACAAUCGGAGCAAUUAGACAACAAUUACGGUGAUAAAAAUGAGUCAGAUGCCAAUUACGACUAUCGAAAGUGGGAAUGGGGAUACUUGAGGACCGAAUGCCAGAACUUAGGAUUGGAGUCAUUGUACAUCACCUACGUAAUGAGAUUGCAGAGAAGUUACCUGUCGAUAUUUUUGGUUAUUCAUACAUUGAUUGCCAUUGUACACACUGUCGUAUUGGUUGCAACUCAAAAGGAAAACAUACCGAUAAUACCCGAAGCGUAUUGCUAUUUGGCAAGCAUAUUGAUAGUCUGGAUAUCCCUUAUUGCCACAUUCAAAGAGGACCUUGUUCGAAGGAAUACCUGGCUACCGUAUGUAGCCUCGUGUUUCGCUGUUAUCGGGCUCGUACUUACAGAUAUUGUCAUCCCAUUGUACCAUACGACAGUUACACGACCGGUACAAAAUCUGCGACCAGGCUACGCCAGCUACAUACUGUUUACAAUUUACAUAUUUCUUCCUCUGUCCGACAACAUUCAUUGCAUUAUUUUAGCGGGAGCCACAACUAUUUGCUAUUUAAUCGAAAUUUUUGCGAUCACAUACCGAAGCCACGACAACAUGCUGGUCAAGUCGUUCACCGAAAUUGUUUUCUUGAUCGGUGUCAACUUGUUGGGCUUUUAUUUUCGUCUAAUGAACGAAGUGGCUAUACGACGAGCAUUUUUAGAUCGCAGGGAAUGCGUUGAAGGGAACUUGCUGUUAAAAUUUGAAAGGGACCAGGAGAAAGAUCUACUACUGAGUAUUUUACCGACACAUAUUGCUGGCGCCAUUGAGACAGACAUACGACGGAUGAUCGAAAGAAUACGUCUGGAAAAGCGGUUAGCAGUCGAACAGGGACCCAGGUCGAAGAACUCGACAGACUCACAACUAUCGGUGAAGACGUGGCGUGGGGAGCAUAUCAACAAAUUGUACGUCGAGCACCAUACCGCAGUAUCUGUGUUGUAUGCCGAUGUUGUCAAUUACACUCAUAUGACCACCCAACUUCCGGUUAAGGUUCUCGUUGAGACGCUCCACGAACUGUUUGUAAAAUUUGAUCAAGCGUCUGAGGAAUUCAAUGUGCUGAGAAUUAAAUUUUUGGGCGAUUGUUACUACGGUGUGUCCGGCGUGCCAGUACGGAAUCCAGAUCAUGCAAUGAGUUGUGUCAAUUUGGGACUACGAAUGAUCAAGGACAUACGCGAUGUUCGGGCUCAAAAGAACAAUCUCAACAUUGACAUGCGAAUCGGUGUACACUCGGGCAGCAUUAUGUCGGGUGUAAUUGGAGCGUGUAAAUGGCAAUACGAUAUUUGGUCGAAAGAUGCGCAGAUUGCCAAUAAAUUGGAGUCGACUGGCGUUCCAGGAAAAGUGCACGUUACGAAGCAAACGUUGGAUAUGCUGAACGACAAGUUCAUUUACGAUAUCGGUACGGAGAAAGCGAAACAGGACCCGUUUUUGCGGAAAAAUGACAUUGAAACAUUCCUAAUAUCGCCACAGUUCAACACCGAAAAUAAUUACUACAUUCCCGACGACAAUAAUAAUCGUCGAUGUUCGUUUGGGGUCAAGCGGUUAAUACAAGCACGAUCCAGUAAUAAAGCCAAAAUGCCGGACUUUAAGCCAAGCAUUCGGGGAAAUUUCAUGCAAAAUUCAAUGGAACAGUACAACCAGAUCAGAAAUCAGACCAAUUCCGAAAUGGAAUUGGAACUGGAACGAAUGCCAAUUGGUAAAUUUCACUUCAAUCACAUUUUCUCAAAUUCCACAUUCGGUGGAGGACGUAAGGACAGCAAUCAACUGGAACGGGCUAGUUUCAACAGUAAUGUCUCCACUGUUCUGUUGUACUUCAAAGAGAGAAAAUGCGAAUGGUCGUACAUGCGUGAACCGGACCUGAUGCUGAAAUACAGCACACUGUUGGGACUGUUUGUCUUCGUGAUCAUUUUAAUCAUUCAGACGAUGAACAAUGCAUCCGGUUGGAUGUUCUGGUCGUUCAUCAUUGUGACGGCAAACGUUUUGCUGCUAUUUUUUCCGAUCACAUGGUUCAAGAAACUGUGGGUGGUUUUUAUGCCGGUUAGCGAAGAGAACUCGAACCUCGUCAAUCCACCGAAAUCGCCGAUUUUGCUGUGCCUCUUUAAUAUUUCUCGGAAUAUUAUGCAGAAUGCCAUAGCAAGGACCUGCAUGUAUUUGGCCACCAUAUCACUGCUCAUGACCUGUUCGUUGAUACAUCUAACGGAAUGUACGACUGAAGAAACUGAAGCUGAUAAUUCGGCAAAUUAUUCGCCUUGUCGAAAUCCUUGGGCUAUAAGCGAAAGUGUGGUUCUAACGAUAUGCAUGAGUUUCCUGUUUGUGCGCAUCCAUUUCGUGCUGAAGUUAUGCGUUGGUCUGAUAAUUGUGGGCCUGUAUUCCUGGAUCAUUUUCGUCAGAUUUGCUAAAAUAUUUGCGCAAAGUCCAUCCAUAAAUGUAGCAUUGGAUGCUAAAAUCGGACAUUUCUUAAUGGUGCUCUUUAUAUCAAUCAUUUUUCACAUGGUCGACCGACAAACCGAGUAUAUAUCGCGAGUGGAUUACAUGUGGAAGCAACAACUGCAAAAGAAGCAGGAAGAAGCCGAAUCGACAAAGUAUACGAACAAAGUGUUGGUUCAUAACAUUCUACCAGCUCACGUAGCCGAAAUUUAUAUGAAUCGCCAGAUCAGCAAAGACGAACUGUACUAUGAAGAGUACGAAAAUGUGGCCAUCAUGUUCGCUACCAUUACGAAUUUGGACAUCGAAAAUAACCCAUCCAUCGACACGGACAAAAAUAUUCUCAACAUUUUGAACAGCAUCAUUUGCGACUUUGACGAACAACUGAUGAACCACUCGGGAUCCAUAAAAAUUGAAAAAAUCAAAGUUGCUGGGUGGACUUAUAUGGUCGCAUGUGGAUUAGAUCCGGGCAGAGGCGAUUCGUCCACAUCCAUGACUGGUUAUCGUGGAUUAAGUGCGCACCGAUCAUCGCUACUUUCGAAUGGUCGCCGAAGCUGGAACACAACGAGAACAAUCUCAAAGUCAGUGCCCAGGUCUAGCGAAGGAAACUAUGAACGGAAAGUGGUAAAAGAAGGCGAAAAGGAUUUUAGGCACAGCUCCCGGCAAUCACAAAAUGCAGUCUAUGUUUUAACGGAAUUUGCAUUGGACAUCAUGAAAGCUUUGGAAACGUUCAACAACGACAAUUUUAAAAGUGAAGGGAUGCUUAGGAUUGGAAUUUCGCAUGGAAAAGUUAUGGCCGGUGUGGUUGGAUCGAGCAAACCGUUGUAUGAUGUAUGGGGUAAUGCGGUGAAUAUGGCCUCAAGAAUGGACUCAACGGGAAUACCGGGAAAAAUUCAGGUAACGGCAGAUUCUGCUACUGUGCUGCGUACGUUCGGCAUCAACUGUGAUUAUCGAGGUGAAACGUUUGUAAAAGGUCGUGGAAUGAUUCCCACAUAUUUCGUGUGUGUUAGCAAAAAUUUAGAAUUUGAAAAGUCGAUCGAUGAAGAUCUGACACUGUAUGACGGUGACUUGUCUGUGACUACAAAGCUGUAAUGGCUGAACUGGAUUUUCCGGGCAUAUUUUACAAUAAACACAUUUUAAAUUACAAAA